AUGAAAUUAUCGACAGACAAAUAUGAAUAUAUGGAUGAAGACGCCAUCGAUGCUAAAUUAAAAUGUAUUAUAUGUGCUCAACCAUUUCAAAUUCCAGUGAUCCUCGAUUGUCAACAUACGUUUUGUGAAGUUUGUAUUGAUACAUGGAUUAAACAAAAUGCAUCGUGUCCUAUAUGUCGUCGUCAAGUUGAAACGAAUUAUGUUUUAACAAAAAUAACUGAUUUGAAUAUCUGUAAUCAACUUGAUUGUCUUCCUGUUCGAUGUCUCCAAUGUCAAAAGAAUGAAAUCCAACGAAAUCGUUUUAAAAAACAUUUAAAACGAUGUUCGAAAAGUCGAAUAACAAAUCUUUCAGAUUCAAUACAAAAUCGUUUCAAGAACAUAAAAAGAAUAAUACGAACAAAACAUAGUUCUUUAGAAACACCGACUCCACAAAGAAGAGUGACGCCUACUGUCGAAUCUAUUCAACAACAAUUUACUUAUCGUCCCCCAAUACAAAUUAAUGAACAACAAAUUUAUAAUUCACGUCCAAGACCGACUACAGUUCGUCCAUAUGAACGAAAUAGGAAUGAAAUUUUCAGACAACAAAGCAAAGCAAUACGUGGUAUAUUAAUUGUGCUUGGCGUCAUUCUUUUUUUAUAUUUUAUUAGAAAUAUUAUUGGGUAUCUUCUGUGUACUUUAGGAAUACUCUUUCUUUUAUUACUUUUAUAUCAUUGUUUAACUUAUGUACCAUCCUGA